GGUGCGACCGCGCUUUGCGAAGGCCCCGACUUUCACCUGUGCAUCGCGGGCCGCCGCAUCGUCGCAUGGGACGCAAGCUUCAAUCCCUGGAAGGACCUCUUUUCCCCCAAUGGUGAGGUGUGGUCAGGCGCUCAGAUUGUUCGGAGUGAUACAUCUCCAGGUGCGAUGGCGGGCAGGAUCAAGACGGCAGAGUGGUUCGGAAACCCCCCGGAGAAAUGGAGUGCAUACGAAUUCGGGCACAGCAAACCCGCACGACUGACCAGUUCCGAAACUGUCUCCGAGCGUAGGCGGUGUCGUAGCGCCCCACGGUGCUCCUCGCUGCGCUUCGGGGAAAGCAAGCCAUACUUCGUUCCGUCCAGUAGUUCCAGUUCCGCUUCCUCUGCAGACGAUCUGGAGGAAUUUCGUCCUGCCGAGCGCACUCUGUGGGCGGAUGCUGUAAAAGGUGGGAACACGACAGAGCAGGGUGCUGCCGGCGAGGGCGUUGAUCCGAAGAUACAAAGCUGCUUGUCCGCUUUCAGCCCGUGCGAGGAAUACCUGGUUGCAUGGACCGCCUCGGAAGUGCUGCUGUACCAAAUAGACGUCACGAAGUUUCGAGUGCAGAUGCACCAGCUGUCCGCACUUCCUGCCUGGGCACAGUGUCUGUGGCCGAUAACGGCACCACCGGGGGACGGUCGGAUCGAUCGGGGGCCGAAGCCGGAUGGUGCGGCUCCCCAGGGCGGCCCGGGGGAUGUUGAGGACGUCGCAAUGAAACCGGUGCGGC